UGUAGAUUCGGAAUUUUUUUUCUUUAAUGUAAACAUUGUUUCUUCCUUCCAAACCAUAGUCGCAGUCUCCUCUCGCUCUCGGCUCCCCCAACGGUCAUCUCCUUGCCGCCGCGCUCCGCCUGAAAGCACCACGCUCAGAUGAUUGAUGAAGAAGAAGAAAUCAGAUGCAAUGAAGAUAAAGAUUAUAGUCAAUACAAAACGGAGGGGAAGGAGAAGAAGAAGAAAAAGCUGAGUGAUGAAGGCAAAAGUAUGGAUUAUAUUGAAUUUGAAAGAAAUGAAGGUGAAGAUGAUGCCCAAAGUAAGAAGAGGAAGAAGAAAAAGUUGAGUACAGAAAGAAAAAGUAAGGAGUAUGAAGUCUUUGAAAAGAAUGAAGGUGAAGGUGAUGCCGAAGGUGAUAAGGAGAGGAAGAAGAAAAAACUGUGUGGAGAAGACAAACGUAAGGAGUAUAAUGAAUUUGAAAACAAUGAAGGUGAAGAUGAUGCCCUGUGUAGGAAGAGAAAGAAGAAAAAAUUGAGUAAAGAAAGCAAAAGUAAGGAGUACAACGUCUUUGAAAGGAAUGAAGGUGAAGAUGAUGUAAAAAAUAAGAAGAAGAAGAAGAAAAACAAACUGAGUGAAGAAGCCAAAAGUAAGGAGUAUAAUGAAUUUGAAAGCAAUGAAGUUGAAGACAAUGCCCAAGGUAAGAAGAAAAAAUUGAGUAAAGAAAGCAAAAGCGAGGAGUAUAAUGUCUUUAAAAGGAAUGGAGGUGAAAGCUAUUCCGAAGGUAAGAAGAGGAAGAAGAAAAAACUGAGUGAAGAAGGCAAAAGUAAGGAGUAUAAUGAAUUUCAAAACAAUGACGGCGAAGAUGAUGCACAAGGUAGGAAGGGGGAGAAGAAAAAAUAUAGUAAACAAAGCAAAAGCGAGGAGGAUAAUGUCUUUGAAAGGAAUGAAGGUGAAGUUGAUGCCAAAGGUAAGAAGAAGAAGAAAAGAAAACAUGGUGAAGAUGGCAAAAGUAAGGAGUAUAAUGAGUUUGAAAACAACGAAGAUGAAGAUGAUGCCCAAGGUAAGAAGAGGAAGAAGAAAAAAAUGAGUAAAGAAAACAAAAGUAAGGAGUAUAAUGUAUUUCAAAGGAAUGAAGGUGAAGAUGAUUUUGAAGGUAGGAAGAGUAAGAAGGAAAAAAUGAUUGAAGAUAACAAAAGCAAGAAUGAAAAUAUGAUGACAAAGAAGGAAACCAAGGCAGAUAAUGACGAGUCUCCUAAUCCUGCAUGCAGUGGAUUAUCCAAACCCAAACGGGUAACUUUUUCUGAUCAAGUGGAGGUUUGUUGUGAUGGCUUAGUCCGUGGGAAACGGUUCACACUAGAAGAAGAUGAGCAGAUUAAAUCGGCUGUUUAUAAUUUUAUAGAGUCUCGUGGUUUGGGAGAUGAAGGUCUAGAUAUGGUUCUCCAUUGCAGUUCUCAUCCGGAAGUUAGAUCUUGUUGGAAUGAAAUUGCAGCAGCCUUACCCCACAGGCCAAAGAAUAGUGUGUAUACUCGUGCCCAUAUUUUGUUUGAAAGGAGUGAGAUGCGAAAGUGGACACCUGAAGAGUAUGAAUUUUUACGGAAGGUCAAGGAACAACAUGGAUCUAAUUGGAGACAAGUAGCUGACGCAUUGGGAAAAAAUCGAAUUCAUGUGAAGGAUGCAUGGCGUAGAGUGAAAUUAAGAAAUACAAAUAAAGGACGAUGGACCCAAGAGGAGUAUCAAAAGUUAUUUGAUUUAGUGAACCUGGACCUACGUGUGAGGGCUUCACAGGGUUAUAGAAAAUCAAAACAUGGUAUGUUGCGAGAUAAUAUUGGUUGGGAGGCCAUUGGUGAUAAGUUGGUCACUAGAACCUCCGUGAGCUGUUGCCACAAGUGGUAUGAUAAAUUAAGAUCACCAAUGGUUGCUACUGGUGCAUGGAGUGAUACUGAUGACUAUCGCUUGGUCGAUGCUUUAUAUAACUUGGAUGCGUGCUGCACGGAGGAGGUGGAUUGGGACGAUCUGCUUGAGCACAGGACUGGUGAGGCAUGUAGAAAACGAUGGAACCAAAUUGUCCGAUAUAUUGGAGACCAUGGAGGGAAGUCAUUUUCUGAGCAGGUUGAGAUUCUUGCAAAAAGAUAUUGCCCCAACUUAUUGGAAGUAAGAGAGGCCUUUGAUGCAAAACCUUUGGUUUGUUGAGAUUAUUAUUUUUAUAAAUGUAUUGGUUUAUGGUUAUGAUGUUCUUGUGGGAUCAUCCAACACAUCAGAAACUGGAUUCUAUAUGCAGUUAGGUUUUAAUAGUGUUUUCUUAUAUUGAACUUUACCUUGCAAGUUAUUUUAGAAUGCUUUUAAUUAAAUUAUUGUAAAUGCUACUUAUCACUGCUUGUUGGAAUAUUUUUAUCUAUUAUUAGUCUUGCUAA